AUAAUAAAUUUAUAAUGUUUUAACCGAAAACACUGAAAAAUACAUACCUUGAAUUAUUAUUCAAAGAGUGAAGACACAAGACAACAACAAAUACAAAGUAGCAGAAACUAGAUUCGUAGACAACGUUGAACAAGUUACAAAUUAUAAUUUAUUGCAAUCAACAAAAAUGUUUUCGACUCGAUGUAUCCAGCGCUGGUAUCCGAACGUUUCACAUUUGUCCAAGUUAAUUAGCAGCGGCAGCAGUCAAUUGGGCGAUUUGGGUAGUGGCGCGGGCAAAGGCGGGGGGGGUGGCGGUACUAUUCGAGAAGCUGGCGGAAGCUUUGGUAAAAUGGAAGCGGCGCGUGAAGAAGAGUAUUUUUACAAAAAGCAACUAGAACAGUUGGAACGUUUGAAAAAUGAUCAAAUCCACCAAGCUGAAUAUCACCAUCAACAAAUUAAAGAACACGAGGAAGCCAUUGAACGUCAUAAAACAUUUUUGGACAAUUUACCAAAAUAAGAGAAGACAGAGAAAAAAUCGACUGCACGCUUUCUAACAUAUUGAUAGAGAACACUUUCUUAUUUUUCAGAAAAGCAUGAAAUGAAAUUUGUAGAAUUUUCAUUUCAAUCAUACUUCAUUAAAUAAUUCUUCACUUCUAUUAAGUUUUAUUUUGGUUUUCGCAAAACUUCCUAAUAUUUGUCUUAUUUGAUGUAAUAUGUUGUAUGAUUUAAUAUUAUAUUCUUCUCCAUUUAUAUACAACAAACGAAUAAUGAUCUAUUAAAUACAAAUCCCGCUGUUUGGAUUACGUAAGAAAA